AUGCGCAGCAUGUCGGACCACACCCAUCUGCUUGAGUUCACGGCGGAAAAGCGCUUCCACCAGCGACUUGUCCUCCCUGCCGCAGCCGAUCAUGGCCCUCUGGCCGUUACCUACGCGGACAUCGGGCCCCAGACGACGAAUGGCACCCCCACCCCGACUAUCCUGCUCAUUCCAGGCAUGGGGGGUUCUCGCCUGUGGUGCUACCAUAAAGACUACCUGGCCAACAAGCUAGGAGUCAGGAUGCUAUCCAUCGACCGGCCUGGCAUCGGCGGAUCGACCCCCGUCCCGGUAGCCAAACGAGUCACCAUCUGGCUGGAAGCAGUGGCAGCGGUGUUGAAGCAUCUGUCCAUCCCACAUGUUAUUCCUUUGUCGCACAGUGCUGGCACGAUCUACAUCCUGAAUCUCUUGUCGCAGCGCCGGGAUCUUCUCUGGCCAAACACGCCGCUGGCCGUCUUGAUGGGACCAUGGGUUGAACCCAAACACUCGGACAUUCUAUCAUUGAAGAUGGCCCAGAUGCUGCCCAAAGCAAUUCUCCAUCAAUACGAUAAACUGAUGAAUCUCUUCGUAAAAGCCGCCCCCUCGUUCAGCGCCAGUGCGGCCGUCUUCUCGGCCAUGGCCAGUAGCAUUCCCAGCACCCGCGCCGAAGGCCCCAGUCGGUCUGAGGCUUGUCUCGCUGGGUACGGGAUGGACGAGGAGGCGGCCAAGGUGUUAGACCGCUUGGCCAUGGAGUACAUCUGUCAGGAGGAUACCUCCGGAUUCAACGACGAGGCCGUGAUCUGCCUGAAGAAGGGGCCGGGGCUGUGGGGAGCCUGCGAAGACCUGCCGGUGUAUCUCCAAGGGCUAGUGCAGGCAGAAGAACGAUACCGGGAAGGUCAUCCUAACGAACAGCCUUUGAAGCUCAAGGUAUUCUUUGCCGAGUCGGAUGGGAUGAUUGGACCCAAGGGGCAGAAGUACUUUGAGGACUGUUUUGCGCAGGCCGAUCUCCGGGGUGCCGUGUGCUUUGACUCGGUGGUCGAGAAAGGGACCGAGCACGACACCCUCUGGACGUCGGACACGGGGGUGUUUGAAAAGGUGCUAAGGGAGAUCAAGGCCAAUCUGUCGUAG